UUGGUUAUCUGCCACAAUUAAAUCAAGUUGUGGCGCUUGGGUUAACAGUGUACUACUUUAUCUUUUUAUAUACAUAUACUUCGAUCUCUUUUGCGCCCAUGGACGCGGUAAAUAGUGAUAAACUAUGGAUGGGUCCAGGAACCUUGGAAAUACCUUUGGAACUAUUUGCUCUGAAUCGACGUCGACUAGUAGAACGUCUACGUCCAAAAUCGUCUGGAAACGCUAUUGUUGUUCUUCAAGGAGGCGAUGAAGUUCCUUUCUAUGAUACAGACACCACCUACAACGUUUUUCGGCAAGAGUCGUAUUUUAUGUGGGCUUUUGGAGCUAUUGAACCUGGAUGCUUUGGUGCGAUUGAAGUCAACACGGGCGAAACCCAUCUUUUUGUACCACGUUUUCCUCCAAGCUAUGCCAUAUGGAUGGGACCGUUGCAUUCACUUGAAUACUUUGGCAAAAAGUAUAACAUUCCGCAUGUACAUUACAGUGAUGAGAUUGCAUCGGUUCUUGAGAAAUUAAAUCCCACAGUACUGCUCACAUUGAAUGGGGUUAAUUCUGAUAGUGGGUUAACGGCAAAAGAGGCUACAUUUGAUGGUAUUGAGAAGUUUGUAGUGGAUAAUACUUUGCUAUUCAAUGAAAUAGCGGACCUACGUGUUUUUAAAACACGCUUCGAGAUUGCUGUUAUGAAGUACGUCGUGGAAGUGUCGUCUGCUGCUCACCGCAAAGUGAUGCGAUUUGCCCAGCCCGGAAAAAGCGAAUAUCAGUGUGAAUCCGAGUUUCUUCAUCAUUGUUAUUCAGUUGGAGGUUGCAGAUUUGUUUCGUAUACAUGUAUUUGUGCUUCUCAUACUAACGCAGCGACUUUGCACUACGGACAUGCAGCCGUACCUAAUGAUCGCUUCAUAAAUGACGGAGAAUUAUGUCUUUUUGAUAUGGGUGCUAAUUACUUUGGUUACGCUGCGGAUAUCACUUGCACUUUUCCUGUAUCUGGAAAGUUUACUCCGGAUCAAAAACUGAUUUACGAAGCAGUUUUGACAUCAAAUUUGGCGGUUUUCAGGGCAGCGAAACCAGGAGUUAGUUGGGGAGAUAUGCACCUGUUGGCAAAUCGAACCCUAGUUGAGGAGUUGAAAAAAGGCGGACUCUUGAAAGGUGAUGUUGAUGCUAUGAUUAAGGCUGGUAUGGGUGCCAUUUUCCAACCGCAUGGAUUGGGACAUCUAUUGGGUUUAGAUGUCCACGAUGUAGGUGGCUACAUAAGUGGGCAACCUGUAAGACUACAAGCACCACGAGGACUGGAAAAGUUAAGAACCAAUAGAAUUCUAGGCGAAGGCAUGAUAUUAACCAUUGAGCCAGGAUGUUAUUUUAUCGACAUUUUGUUGGAUGAGGCCUUGGAAGAUCCGGAAUUGUCAAAGUUUUUGGUACCGGAUGUUAUUGAGAGAUUCCGCGGUACUGGAGGUGUUAGAAUUGAAGACGAUGUGCUUAUAACAACGGAAGGCGUAGUUAAUUUGACAAAAGUUCCAAGAACAAUUAAAGAGAUUGAGGACUGGAUUGCUGGCAAAGAUAACGACAAAUAUAAUUAAUCUUAAAAUGUUAUCCUGAUAUCACACUGUCAAAUAUGUUUGAUCAAACUUGGGGGAAGACAAUAAAAUCGGAGUCUAAUCCAUUCCUACUUCUGACACCUGACAAUGUAAUGUACAUCUCGGAUGAAACUAGUUUGACCUGUGAUAUACACUGUCUAAUCAUAUUAUAUCUGCAUAUUUUCAAUAUACAUAACUGACGAGCA